AUGGGUCUGUUUGCAAAUAGUAAAGAUGAUAGAAAACCAGAAUCCAUAGAUUUGGAAAAGAAAAUAGAUUCAUCCAGUUCAUCAUUACCAGGAAUUGGUAGCUCAUCGUCAGAUACUGCUCAUGGAGAAUCCGCUAGUGUUGAAGAAUUUGAAACUGGUGGUGGUGAAAAUGGUAGUGUUAAACGUACAUUGGCUCCAAGUACAAUUUAUUUCAUUGCAGUUGGUAGUUCUAUUGGUACAGCAUUAUUCGUUACUAUCGGUAAAGGUUUAGCUUUCGGUGGUCCAUUAAGUUUGUUAAUGGCUUUUUGUUUAUGGACUGGUGUUAUUGCAAUCGUUGUUGGUGCUGUUGGUGAAAUGGUUUGUUUCUUACCUGUUGCAGCUCCUUUCCAACAAAUGGCUGGACGUUGUGUUGAUGAAGCUUUUGAACUUACUGUUGCAUUCAACUAUUAUAUUUUCACAAGUAUAGCAAUUCCUUUUGAAAUUACUGCUGUUAAUGGUAUGAUACAUUUUUGGGCCGACAAUUAUUCACCAGGUAUAACGUUUGCAGCUCAAAUUGCUUUGUAUGUUGGUUUAAAUGUCUUUGCUGUUAAAUAUUUUGGUCAAUCAGAACUUCAUUUAUGUGCUACAAAAUUACUUUUAGCUGUUGGUUUAAUCGCUUUCACAUUUGUUACAAUGGUUGGUGGAAAUCCACAACAUGAAGCUUAUGGUUUCCGUUAUUGGAAUAAUCCAGGUCCAUUAGCUGAAAGAUUUGUUGGCGGAUCUAUGGGUAAAUUCCAUGGUUUCAUGGGUGCUAUGAAUAGUGCUUGUUUCACAAUUGUUGGUCCAGAUUAUGUUGCAAUGGUUGCAAGUGAAGCGGGUGGUCAAACAAGAAAAGUUUUAUCUAAAACUUUCAAAAUUGUUGCAUGGAGAAUGACUGUUUUCUUCAUUUUUGGUGCUCUUUGUGUUGGUAUUUUACUACCUUAUAAUGAUCCAAAACUAGAUGCUAUGGCUAAUGGUAGUGGUGGUGAAAGUGCAUCAUAUGCUCCUUAUGUCAUUGCUAUGACCAACAUGAAGAUUAAAGUCUUACCUCAUAUUAUCAAUGUUGGAUGUUUAUUCUCUGCUUUAAGUGCUGGUAACGCAUAUUUCUAUUGUUCUACGAGAGCUUUAUAUGGUGCUGCAAAGAGAGGUUUUGCUCCAAAAUUCCUUACAUACUGUACCAAAAGUGGUAUUCCAAUUUAUACUGUUGGUGCUGCUUUCUGUUGGGGUUCACUUGCAUUAUUACAAUUAGGUAGUGGUUCAUCUCAAGUUUUAACUUGGAUUGUUAACAUUUUAUCAGGUGCUCAAAUCAUUAACUAUCUUUUUAUGUUGAUUACUUAUUUAGGAUUCCACUAUGCAUGUAAAGCUCAAGGUAUUGCAAAAUCGGUAUUCCAUUACAAAGCUUUCUUGCAACCUUAUCUUUCAUAUUUUUCAGCAUUCAUAAUUUCAUGUAUGGUUGGUGCUUUAGGUUAUUCAGUUUUCAUGCCAGGUAAAUGGUCAGUAAGUGAUUUCUUAACUUACUAUUUGAUGCCUUUAUUAGAUUUAGUGAUAUUUGUCAUUUACAAAUUAGUCAAACGUACUAAAAUGGUACAUCCAUCAGCUGCAGAUAUUUAUACAGGUAUAGAGGAAGUUGAACUUCAUGAACAACAAUAUUUGGAGUCACUAGAAUCUAAAGAUGAAAACAGUGCUUCUGAAAAUUCUUUGGUUGAUAAACUUGUCCAUCGUUUCCUUUAA